AUGCCUACCUCUGGAAGUGACUUCUUGUUUGUCCUGAAAGCUGAGGUGUCAUGGCUCUAUUCGACGGCCGAGCAAGCGUCAUCGAGCUUGAACCCGUACACGACAUCCCUAGCAAAUCCGUGUCAGCCCACGCCCAUAUUAUUACAUUUUACGGAAAGCUUUGCAAAAUUGUUCUUCUCUACAGGCA